GGUCUUGACCUAGACCUUGCUGCCCCUGCAAUGGAGGAGAACUACGACCCGAGCGCAUCGUGCGCACGAGUGAGGCCGGUACCAAGAUGAUGGUCUUUGCCAGCAUAAGCGAAUGUCAAGGAGCCCCUGCCACGCCAUGCACUGUUGAGAUAAUACAUGAAGAAGCUCCACAAUCCCUCGUCCAAGGUACUACUGGUGUGGUGGUUCCUGAAUCAGUACAGAAGCCUACCAUCGCCUUACGGCGGUGCACUACUGUACUACACCUUCGCGUAUUGCGCGCAGAUGCUCCCUAGGAUGGAUGCAUCGGAGGCUGCUGUCCCUCGUCACACAGCCCCGUGCGGAUGGCAUCCGCAGCGACGGCGGCAUGUCCUCAAAACAUGCCUGCCCAACAUGCGCCUGGAGUAAGGUACCAUCCGCAGACCCGUGCAGUGGGCAGCGACCCAUGAUGCGGCUCUGAGGUCCUUUUUGAAUG